UCGACAUAUUACUGCUAAAACAACGAGCAUGUUUUAUAAUCGCUCAUUCUUAUGUAACCCACUAUUUGUAUCACAAUGCUGGUUAAGUAUUGUGUAUUUGUAAUAUUGUUAGUAUCCUUCCAAUAUGUUCAGUGUUACAAGAAUAUUGAAUAUACGAGGAUUAUAGUCGACUACUACCAGAAAUGCUACCGACCAAAACCCUUCACCUCAAUGAUGACCUACAUGGCCAACAUGGAUCCCGACCCAACUUGGGAGUUCGCCAAGGAUAAAAAUGGACUGGCUAAAUACAUCAGCAACCACUAUUCCGAACUUGGUCUUGAUCAGGUGAAUCACGGAUGUUUGAUGGAUUUCUAUCACCGUCACCGCGACUUUUUCGAUCGAAACGUGCUCGAGGACAAAUCGCUGGAGGACCCAGAGAUGAUUUCGCUACUGCACUGCGCUGGCAAGCUAGCCGCUAACUUUUUUGAGAAUAAUAUAUCGAGUGAACCUGCUGAUCUUGUCAAGUGUGUGGACAAAAACUUUUCCUCACCGUCAGUUUGAUUUAUUGUGCCUGAUUACAAUGUUUCGAAUAAAGGUUAUAUGUCGGGAUCCUAUGUUGCAAGAAUAACACUAUUUGAUAUACAAACAAUAGAA